CGGAAGGAUCAUCCUAAGACGUGGCGUUUCAUAAUUAGACGCUGCAACCGGGUAUUCCCGUAAUUUCACCAUCAAAUUUCUAUGAUAUAUUGAGACGCUCCAGCUCUCUUCUCCUCACAGUUGUGAUUAUUUCUUCUCUAUCAAAAUCUUUAAACAGCUCUCAUUCAAGAUGCAAAUCUUCGUCAAGACUCUUACUGGCAAGACCAUCACCCUUGAGGUGGAAAGCUCAGACACUAUUGAUAAUGUUAAGGCCAAGAUCCAGGACAAGGAGGGAAUCCCACCAGACCAGCAGAGGCUGAUUUUCGCCGGCAAGCAGCUUGAGGAUGGCCGCACCCUUGCUGAUUACAACAUCCAGAAGGAGUCCACCCUCCACUUGGUGCUCCGUUUGAGAGGUGGCAUGCAAAUCUUUGUUAAGACCCUUACUGGAAAGACCAUCACCUUGGAGGUGGAGAGUUCUGAUACCAUCGACAAUGUCAAGGCUAAGAUCCAGGACAAGGAAGGCAUUCCCCCAGACCAGCAGAGGUUGAUCUUUGCCGGUAAGCAGCUUGAGGAUGGCCGCACCCUUGCUGAUUACAACAUCCAGAAGGAGUCCACCCUCCACUUGGUGCUUCGUCUACGUGGUGGCAUGCAGAUCUUUGUGAAGACCCUCACUGGAAAGACCAUCACGUUGGAGGUUGAGAGCUCUGAUACCAUCGACAAUGUCAAGGCUAAGAUCCAGGACAAGGAAGGCAUUCCCCCAGACCAGCAGAGGUUGAUCUUUGCCGGCAAGCAGCUUGAGGAUGGCCGCACCCUUGCUGAUUACAACAUCCAGAAGGAGUCCACCCUCCACUUGGUGCUUCGUCUACGUGGUGGCAUGCAGAUCUUUGUGAAGACCCUCACUGGAAAGACCAUCACUUUGGAGGUUGAGAGCUCUGAUACCAUUGAUAAUGUCAAGGCCAAGAUACAGGACAAGGAAGGCAUUCCCCCAGACCAGCAGAGGUUGAUCUUUGCCGGCAAGCAGCUCGAGGAUGGCCGCACCCUUGCUGACUACAACAUCCAGAAGGAGUCCACCCUCCACUUGGUGCUUCGUCUACGUGGUGGCAUGCAGAUUUUCGUGAAGACUUUAACUGGGAAGACCAUUACCUUGGAGGUGGAGAGCUCUGACACUAUCGAUAAUGUGAAGGCCAAAAUUCAGGACAAGGAGGGGAUCCCACCGGACCAGCAGAGGUUGAUUUUUGCUGGAAAACAGCUUGAAGAUGGAAGGACACUUGCUGACUACAACAUCCAGAAGGAGUCAACCCUUCACUUGGUGCUUCGGCUGCGUGGAGGAAUGCAAAUCUUUGUUAAGACUUUGACUGGAAAGACCAUCACCCUGGAGGUGGAGAGCUCAGACACCAUUGACAAUGUCAAGGCUAAGAUCCAGGACAAGGAAGGAAUACCCCCUGACCAACAAAGGUUGAUCUUUGCCGGAAAGCAGUUGGAAGAUGGACGCACCCUAGCAGACUACAAUAUCCAGAAGGAGUCCACCCUUCACCUUGUCCUCCGUCUCCGUGGUGGUUUUUAAGCUUCCGCAUGUUGUCUUGGGUGUUUUAUGCCUCGUGGGGCUCUUGUGUGUGCUCAGUAGCCAUUUUCGAAUGGCUACUUUAAAUAAAUUAUUACUGUACUCUUUUGAAGUUGGUGUUUGCGUCCAGUUUGGUACUGUUUGGAUUGGCUGUUAAGGGCCGUUCCAUUGCAAGCUUUCGUAUUUAAGCAAAUAAAUUUUAGUUUAUUCA